AUGUAUGGAACAUUGGUUUACAGUACGAUUCAUCUGCGCCAGCUCCGUGCUUGUUAUGAAAUUAAACCAGUAUUUAUACAAAAAUUACUUUGUUAUCAAAAGAUGAUGAUGCAACAAUCAUUGAGACUCUCAAAGAGUUUAUUGAUGUCAUCGUCAGCAGCAUCGUCAUCAAGAUUAUUGAUGAACAGAACUUAUUCAUCAUCGUCAGCACCAGCACCAGCAACAGCUGACUCCAUCACAGAGACACAAUCAUCAGAAUCAAUAACAGACACAAAUGUAUUAAAUAUUAAAAAUGAUAUAUUAGUAGAUGAUUUAAUAGUUAGAUUUUAUAGAGAUUUAAAUAAUAAUCAAUCGCAUCUAAAUAUUAAUGAAAUCAAUCAAAUUGUAGAUAAAGAACAAAUUAAAAUAAAUAAUAAUAGUAAUAAUGAUAAUAAUAAUAAUAUAAAAUUAGAUAAGAAUCAAUUGAAGCUUUUGAAAUUGAAAGAAGGUGAUAUUAAUGAUUGGCUUAUGAUUACCAAUAAUACAUAUGAACAACUGAAGAAACUCAACAUAAAUGGAAGCGAUCACUGGCAAAAGAUGUCAAACUUGGCUUUACAGCGUAUUAAACUCAGAGACUACAGUCAAAUGAUUGCAUAUCUGACAUCAUCAUCAAAAGCAGCAGUAACACCAGAUAGACUCUUACAAUUCCAAUCAACCAAUCCAAUCGAUCUUUACACAGAAGUCAUUUCAUUAUCAAACGAUGAUUUAGAUUUAUCGUUUGACUUUGAAACUGUUCCAACCACUAAUAAUACAACAACUUAUAAUAAUAAUAAUAAUAAUAAUAAUGAAAAUACAAAUACUUUGAAACAAGAGUUAUUGGAUACCAAAGAACUACUCAGACUUUCAACUCUAAGAGAAUCUGAGAAAGUGGUCAGCGAUAUGGAACAACGUAUGUUGGAAUUGGGCAAUAGUCUUUCACAGUUCAUCAAGGCAAUGGGUGAUAAGGAUGCAUCGCUCCCACAGAUCGAACCAGAGACAGAUUUCACUGUGGAGUUGGAGCGUAUCGCCGAACUUCGUAGGAUGCUCUCGUUGGAGGUCGAACGCAGUAUCAUGUAUUUCGAGUUGCUCGGUGAGAUCAGCUACAUCAAGUUCAACAUAGCGUUGCGUAGCGCCAAGAUCAACCUUUCCGUGGAAACGCGAGAGUUCUUCUUUUGUCUGGCGCGAAUCAACGACUUGAGACGUGCACUGAAAACACUGCAGUUUAAACGUCACUUGUUGUUCAAACAUGCCAACGCCAAGAUAAAGUCGUCGUACGAUAAGAAAUCAAAGGCCGCCGCUGCCAACAGCAACAAGAGCAAAGACGAAACCAAAACGAUCCUGCGACAACUCCCCAAGGAUUCAAAGGAGGCGCGAGAAAUCAGAAAGAACGCCAGAGAGAUAAGAGAGUUAGGAGUGAAAAUCAGCGAUAUCUACACACUGCUCAAGUGUAACAUGCCAACACUGCAGCAAAUGAACGUAUGUACAGCGUUCCUCGGUAAUAAUCUCGGUCAACUCAGAGUGCUCGUCAAGACCACACAAUUCAGAGACUGCGAACUUCAAGAGUUGAAAACAGACAUCUCCUUCUAUGCUUACCUUAUAUCUCGUACCACCUAUUUCAAAGAAUUAAUUAGAGCUAAUGAAUUGAAAGAGAGAUAUAUAAUAAUGGAUUUUGGUGGUACUACCAAUAACGGUAGUAACAAUAGUAAUAAUGGUAGUACUUCAUUGUUUUCUACAUUAAACAGCCCACCUAAACCUUUAAACAGCUUAAAUAAUACACAAUCUACAACAGCUGGUGUUGGUCAGUCUGUUUUUGGAUCUACAUUUAUGAAUUCACCUCCACCAAACAACAACAACAACAACAACAAUAUAAAUAAUAGUAAUACAUCUGCAUUCAAAUCUAUAUUUGGAGGUGUAGCUAAUAAUAAUAAUAGUAGUGCAUUUGGAGGUGCUGCUAUCAGUGGUAGUCUAUUCCCAGCAAACAACAAUAUCAACAGUAAUAAUAGUAGUGGUGCAGGGUUGUCUGCCUUUGGUUCACCAACAAUAGCUAACAAUAACAAUAAUAAUGUUCCUACAUUCGGUAUAUCUAGUUUUAGUAAUAUUAAUAGCAAUAGUAAUAGUGGUGCAGGAUUGUCUGCCUUUGGUUCACCAACAAUAUCUAACAACAAUAACAACAACAACAACAAUAAUAAUAAUAGUUUUUCUACAACAUCAUUAUCAAAUCUAAAUCCAAAUGCAUUACCAUUCGAACCAAAGCCAAUUAAACAACAACAGCAACAACCAAAUAAUAAUUUAGCUUUUCAACCAAUAAAGAAACAAAAGAAGUUAUAUGUCACAGGUAUACCUGCUUUUCCUGAUGUUAAUAGGUUAAAGACAGAUCUUACCGAGUUGUUCGGUCAUAGUGGUACUGUUGUUUCAAUACAACUACUAAAGAAGAUGAAUAAAUAUCAUGCUAUUGUAGAAUAUUCAACUAUUGAAGAGGCAACUGAUGCACUGAGGAAAAUAAAGUCAUUCAAGAAUACACCGAUUUUAGUUAAAGCAUAUAAACCUAAUAAAGAGACUGCCGACGAUACCUAUGGCAGUGUAGGUUAUCCACCAAGUAAAUCACCGAUAUCUUCAUUGUCACAACAUCAGCAACAGAAUAGCGCCAAUGAAAAUAAUAAUAGUAGCAUACAAUCGAAUGAUCUCAAUGAUUUAAAGUUAAAAUCACAAGAAAGACAGCUAAGAUUCUUAUUGCAGAAAAAGAGUAGUCCUCAAACACCAACAGCAAUACCAACCGCAUCAACAUCAUUGCCUACAACACCAUUGAUCGAUGCUCAUAUUAAAGGUGAACAAGCAGAUCAAGAAGAGGAAUUAAUUGAAGAUGGUGCAGAAGAACAACAGGAAGGAGAUGAAGAAGAUAUUGAAGAGGAGAUUGAAGAUGGUGUUGAUGAAGUGGAAGAGGAAGAAGAAGGAGAUGAAGAAGAAGAAGCAGCAGUUGAAAAUCAACAAUUCAAAAGAAAUGGUAUGAGUAAUAUUAAUGGUUUCGGUUCGAUAUCAUCGCCAUUUCCUUCGACACCAACAACUAUAGCUACACCAAUAUCGACUCCUAUAUCAACAACACCAACGGCAACAACACCAGUAUCAACACCAAUCACAAAGAGAACAGCACCGAUUGCAACACCAAUGUCUUCAGCUCCGACGACACACAUAAAGUCAGAUAUAAAGAAUGCACCAAAGGUUGGAUUGUGUAUGGAUAUGUGUCCACCAAGGGAAAGACACAACCGUGAGUUAUCGGGCGAUAUCAACACUCUGGAGCGAGCACCGAACGGCGAGCUGCAGCUGGUGAAGAAAUAUAAACGUAAUGUUGCCGAGGAGUACACUGAGAUUCCACCGGAGGAUAUUCGUCCUUCGCCCAUCCUCGCCAAGGUAAUGAAUCAUCUGACCCACAACAUUGUAGAUCGUCCCGGUAUUCCAUUCCGUGAGAUUCAAAACUUUGUACGUGAUCGUUCACGUUCACUUCGUCAGGAUCUUACGAGUCAGCAUUGCAAAGACGAUGUCUCCAUUGAUAUUCACGAGCGCUGCGUCCGAUUCCAUAUUGUCAGUCACCACUUUUUGUGCGAGGAAAGCGAGCAAGACUUUAAUCAAUUCCAGAAUCAAGAGCAACUAAACAACUGUUUGACUAGUUUGAAGUUGUUCUACGACGAUCACUACAAAUCAACCGGUACCACCUAUCCCAAUGAAGCAGAGAUCAGAUCGUACUACAUCCUCAACCAGAUGGAUCACACCUCUGAUAUGGUAUCGUUCUUGAUUGCAAUACCGGAGCAACUCAGACAACAUCCGUUCAUUAGAUACGCAGUCGAUGUCUGGAAAGCAUUUAGACACGACAACUACAGUCGUUUCUUCAAGUUGGUCACCAAAGGUACCUAUCUACAGGGUUGUCUACUUCACAAUGAUCUCUCAAUGAUGUUGCUCUUUGGUUCCAACGAAGAAGCUGCCACAUUUGUCACAGAGAUAGGUUUAACUAUCGAAAUGGAGCAAGUCAUCUUUGUUGGUGAAGUCAUAGACAUUCGUCAAAAGAUUUCACCAAAGCGAUCGAAAUACCUCACAAGCAAAGCACCGUCCACAUUCCAAAAGGUUAUCGAUGUUCCUGAGCCAAUUCCCGAAGGUUAUUGCCAGUUUUUGGGUAUUGAACCAUACGUACCGACGGUCUCUCCAAUUGCCAAACCUUCAAUAUCAUUAUUAAAACCUGCAACUUCAACACCAACAUCACUCAACAUACCAUCGAUCAUUCAUAGUAAUACAUCUGGUUCACAGCUUGCACCAACAACUAACAACAAUAGUAUAAAUAUAUUUGGACAACAACAGCAACAACAACAAACAAAGGUUAGAGAAACUUCACUUCCAAAAUCAUCUCCAUCUUCAGCACUUACAAGUCAAGUGGAGCAAAAACAAACGAAACCAAAUGAGCAACCCAACAGUAUCUUUGGCAAUAUCAAUGGUAGUUUCACAACAUCGACUCAGUCAGCAGCUACCAACAAAGAUUCUGCUAUUUCUUCACCUCCAUCUGCUUCUUCUAUCUUUUCACAAAUAACACCGACAAGCGCACCUGCAAAAACACCUGAAAGAUCUACAAUGGAACUGCCUCCCCCAUUCUCAAUACCCACAUCAACAACGACACCAACAACUACACCAGUAAAGUCCGACACACCAAGUUUACCUUCGAUUUUCAAUAUAACUCCUCAAACAGCUAAGCAAUCGACAAAUUUAUUUGAAACACCAGCACCACUGACGCACAAGCAACCAAAAUCAAAAGAUGAUGAUUCAUUAUUUAGUAACAACUUAACAUUACCACCACCAACUUCAUCAUCAACUACCACUAAAUUAGGUGGUCUAUUCCCAUCCAAUCUCUUACAAACACAAACACCAAUCGAUACCAACAAGAGCAACGACAUCACAACUCAAUCUUUGGAUUAUACACCAAUGAAACUAGCUACACCAGCUCCACCCAAAUCAACUUUGGACAACUCUUUAUUCCAAACACCGGCGGAACCAAAAUCACAAGUACCAUACACACCUAUGAACAUUUCAACUAAAAAGUCAACAGAUCUUCUCUCUACCACCCCAUCUCCAAUGGCACUUUCAACCCCAUUCGUAGAUCAAAAGAGAUCCUCGACAUCGAUCCCUCAAUUCCCACAACAUCUUAUUAAUCAAGAAGCUGUUGACAUCAAGAAGAAAUCCUCAGAGACCGUGCCUGUAUACCUGCCAAAGAAGAUAUCAAGAUCAUAUAAAGAAAAAUCAACAGAAACACUGUUACGAUAUUUCUUUAACCAUUGGUCAGCUAAGACUAAACAGUACAUCGAUAUGAAGAAGCAGAUUUCCUCUAUUGAAAAUAUGGUUUUCUAUGCACAUGGAACACCUGUCCAAGACAUCAAAUCACCACUUAUCCCAUUGAAGAUCAAUGGUGAGCAAUCAAAGGUGAUAACCAUUGUCCCAAAUAAUAAUAAUAAGAAAGAAAAAGUAGUACUAUCAGCUAUACCAGUACCUUUUACGAUCUACGAUACAUUGCUUAAGAAGCAACAGAAUGAAGAGAAUAUCUAUUGGAAGUUAUUUGUCUCUGUGCCAAUGGAGAAAGACGAACAACUUGCACAACACCUCAAGCAAUUGCUAUCGUACGAACCAGCAACCAAAAACACAAAUACUUGGUCAAAGUAUGAAUCGAAUCAAACCGAAUAUCUUCAUCAAACAGAGAGCGGUGCUUUGACAAAGAGAAUAUCAAUGAAACCAGCUCAUCUAGCAAUUAUAACAAAACAACAUCCAAAUGAAAUAGUUAUGAGAGGUGUGGCAUCUAUUCUAUUUGAGUUUAAUAAUUUAUUUAGUCCUGAUAAUGAACAGAGAUUAAGUAAUCUAUUGAACAAAAUUUCGGUUCAUGGUGACCGAAAGAUAUCACUUUUGUUCAUUGGCACUGUUGACCACCCUUCAUUGAAACCACUCUUUCAAGAGAAGAUCAAUGAGUUUAUCAAUAGGAACAAGGGUCAUUGGGAUACCAUUAUAUCCAAGUGGAACAUCGAAUUUGUUGAUGAACAAGAAUCUAAUGGAUGGGCACCGUUGAGACAACAAGUAGAGCGAUCACUGAUUUGGUUGGCCAAGUACUCAGAUUCGAUUCAUCCGGUUGAGCUAAUUCCCUUGUCAACUAUUCUCGAUAGUAUAAUCACUCACAAGUUUGGCCCAAUUCUACGUCCUUACUAUAUAAUGUCCAGUAAACCUAAUGAAGCGUCGCUUCUUACAUCCCAACUGAUUACACCAUGCAAACUCAUCGAAUAUUUCAACAGCAUGCUACAGCAACUGACCAAGUUGAUCACCAACCCAGGCCUGAAGACCAUUGAUUGGCCAAUUCCCGAGUUUUCAUUUGACAACUCAAAUCUACAUUGGAAUAGUGAUGGAAUCUUUGAUUUUGUUACCAAAUCAUUGAAAUCAAUUGCUCUGCCUCCACUUCCAAGAGAUUUGCAAAAUCUGAUUGCAGCAACUAUUGUCACCUCUGCUCAGAAUUCAUUCGAUGGAUUUAAUACUAUGCUAUUAACCAAUGACCUUAAAAUGAUUGACAAGAUUCACUCUUGGCUGAAACAGUUCACCUCAGGAGAGAACACCCAAAUGUUGCUCUCACAAAUCAAGCAUAUUUUCCAGUCUUUCGAUCAAAAGUUACAAAAUCCUAAUAUAAAUACUGUUAUUCCACUUCCAUGGCAUAUCAUAUUCGAGUUGGUUUUAUCACAUCAAAUUAGUACGGUUCCUCUAUUGAACUGCUACUAUCAUCAAGAUCUUUUGGGUUAUUUAGAUUCAUACCAACAACAGCAUUCAUCACCAACAAUCGGAAUGAUAAAGAUCGAUACACCAACAAUACAACAGUUUACACCAACCAAAUCAACACAAAAGAUGACACCGGUCAAAUCAAUCACACCCAAUACAACACCAAAUCAAAAGAGUAGCGAACUUUGCCUUGAAGAUUUGGAUAUCUUUAAUACCAGUCCAUAUAAUCCCAAAAAGAGAGAUCAUUCGGAAGUACCAACAAACUCCAUGGACCUCUAUCCAGAAAAAUACUCGAGAACCUCAACCAACUUCUCGCAGAGUCUAAAUAUGAACACCUACGAUAAAAAAAACAAAUUGGACGACCUCUUGUCAAGCCUUGCACAAGAAAAACGAGAGAAUCAAAGAUUCGAAGAAUCACUGUACAAAUCAAACUUGUGGUGA